AUGUGGAACUCCUCCUCGGGCGCGGCGGAGGAGGGGAUGGAGGGGAUGGAGGGGAUUGAGGGGAAGCAGGCGGUGGAGGGGGCGGACCCCGCCCGCGCCGCGCUGGUUGCCGCGCUGCACGGCGCGCUGCUGCUGGUCGGCGUGGCGGGCAACGCCGUGCUCUGCGCAUGCGUGUGCGCGCAGCAGAGCGCGCGCAUGCGCAACCACCUGCUGCUCAACGUGUGCGUGUCCGACCUGCUGGUGUGCGCGCUGGGCGGCUCCGUGGCCGCCGCCGCCGCCGCCGCCCCCGGCCUCGCCGCCGCCGAGCCCGUCUGCCGCGCCGCCGCCUUCCUGCAGAGCGCGCCGGUGGCCGCCAGCACACUGGCGCUCGCGGCCUUGUCGCUGGACCGCUACGCCCCUGGUGCCGUGUGCCGUAGCGCGCCGGUGGCCGCCAGCACACUGGCGCUCGCGGCCUUGUCGCUGGACCGCUACGCCUCGGUGCAGCACCCGCGCCUGCUCACCCAGCUGCGCCACCGCCGCCACCUCGCGGCGCUGCUGGUGGGCGGCUCGUGGGGCGGCGCGCUGCUGGCCGCCGCGCUCGCCUGCUGCGCCGAGUGCGCCCCCGCCUGGCCGCCGCCGGGGGCGGCGCGCCGCGCGCUCGGCGCCUGCCGCGUGGCCGCCGUGUGGCUGGGGCCCGCCGCCGCCGUGGCCGCCUGCCACGUGGCCGUGGGCCGCAAGCUGUGCGAGGUGUCGCUGACGGCGGCGGCGGCGCGCGGCGAGCUGCCCCUGCCCAUGCCCGUCAUCCGCCGCCGCCGCAACGUCAUCCUCGUGGCGGGCGGCGUCGGCGUCGCCGGGGACGGCCCGUCCAAGGUGAUCCCCUUCCACUGCGGCGGCGACUCGUCCUCCGACGAGGAGGCGCUGGCCCUGCAGAUCUGCGCCGACCUGGACGAGCUGCGGCGGCCGCCGCCCGCGCCGCCCCCGCGCCGCCCCCACCGCCUCCGGCGCCUGCCCGCGUGCCGGGGGCGGGGCCGCGCGCGCCGCGCCUCGCGCUCCGAGCGCGCCAUCGUUCGCGCCAACCGCCGCCUGCGGCCCCUCGCCACGCCGCCGCUCGCCAAGGCCGGGGGCGGCCAGACGCCCGCCGCGCGCCGCCGCCUCGCGCGGCUCCUCUACCUACAGUUGUGCAGUUUCAAUCCACGUUUUUUUAAAUACAUAUUCACCCAUGAAGAGAUGUCAAUAAUAUAUAAUUGCGCGGCGGUGUUCGCGCUGUGCUGGCUGCCCCACGCGGCCUGCCAGCUGUGCGAGCUGCUGGCCGGCGACACGGACCGGGCCGCAGCGCGCUCCCUCCUGCCCUUCACGCUGCUGCUGGGCCACGCCCACUCCGCGCUGCACCCGCUGCUCUACUGGCUGCUCAACCGCCAGUCGCCCCAGCUGCAGGGGUGCGCGCCCUUCCGCUGGCCCCGCGUCCGCCACCCGGCGCGCCUGCCCCAGCACGGCCUGUUCCGCCUGCCCGCGCCGCGCCGCCGCCGCAACCCCCCGCCCUCCUCCACCAACGAGGCGGCGCUGGGCGUGUUCCACCCGCGCUACACGGUGCCGCGCCCCCAGGAGCGCCAGCGCUUCCCCACGUCGCACUUCCUGCCCUGACUGCCGACAUCUCUCAACGCUCCCCUCCCAACAGUGUGGGAGUAUCGCACCAGUUCUCUUCUGUUAGGGAUCACUCCCUGUUGUUGAUUGGGAGGGUAUUAGAGCUUCGGCAGCGACCAGAGGCUGGGGCCACCAACCCAGCAUGGUCACCGCCUCAGCCCCUCUACCGCACUCAGCUGACCAGAUAGUUGGCUGUGUCCUACCACUGUGAGUGUGUGAGCGGAGAGCGCGAACUCCCUCCCCCCUUCUCCCCGUGCACCAACAUCCGGACGUCGCUGGUCGACAACGGCGAAACCAGGCCAUACAACCCAGCCCUGUCAGAGAGCCACAUUCGGGGCCAUUCACAACCGAAGUAAUAGUGUUGUUACCAAGAGACAAUAUUCCUGCCUUCGAAAAUCAUAGUUUAAAGAACUGAACUAGUGGCUUGAAGCGGUGAUCAGAAACAUGUAGAAUUUUUUUUUUAAUUGAUGCAAUUCCACCUUCAUCUUUCAAACAGCUCUUCUACAAACAAAUUAACAUAUUUAUUAACAUUGUAACUGCAAUGUCCCACAACAAGAUUUAAAUUGAUCAGAGCAAAUUUCCUGGAUGUCAAGAAGCUCUCUCUGUAUAUCGUGAGCAUGCUUCGGUCAUCGGCAUCCCUGUGUGUGGAAAGUCUUGAGGGUGUAAGGUUAUGGAUUUAUUUAAGCAAUAGUACAUGAGCCCAAACAAAACUUGAGCUGUUUUCCGUUCCUGGAUUUUGGAUGAGCGCAGUUUAAUUCCCACUGUCAAGCACGUCAUGGAAGUAAAUCCCUAUUUGUUCGAUUCUAACCCAAUAUUGUUCAUCAACUGCACAAGGCCCGCAUGUGCUGAUGUUGGAUGGCACAACAAAAUUCACUUAUGAUGAUUUCAUCAAAAAUGUUAUUCCUAGCUGCAGUUAUUGCCAAACAAACUCCAGAAAUGUGAAUCAUGGUCUUUCUGCCACUUACAAAAUAUGAGUCUAGAAAAGAUACCUACUCAAGAUCAAAUAAAAACCAUAAACAGGAAAAGUACCUUUGUCAACCUGUAUAGAAUGUAUUAAAGUUAAUGGAGUUCAAUGGAACAUUUAUAUAUUCAUAGGAUUUUAAUCUUUAAGCAGAUAUACUGCUGCCUAACAGUGCAAUGCAAUAUUUGUGCCCUGACUUUGCACUGUGGUAGGCUUAGACACGCACAAAGUCACAACCAGUUGCCAGAUUGGUGCCAGAUGCAGAUGAUCUUGCGAUGCAGACGCCACAAAGCGAGUGCGACUACGUGCAGAUGCAGCACAGCAUGUAAGACAGGGCAGUUUACCUUGUGUUAUGCUGCAUGAGAGACAAAUCCCAGGUGGUAAGGUCUAACUGGACCCCUGGGCAAUAGUGCGCACAACGUUCUGUAAGUUUGCAAGCCAUUGUUCAUGCAGCGACCGGAACAUGGCCUUCAUGAAUCUCACGGAGAAACUAUUCCUUUUUGACGGUGUGAGCACCCUCCCUUAAACUCACAUCCACGUGGAUGGUUUUACUCCUCGUGCAGCUUAACAGUGUAAAUGGUGAGCUGUUAUAUUACUAUAAAGUUAUUAAUUUUGUUGUUAGGGUCUAGUACACAUAAGUAAAAUGUAUUUUAAAAAUAAAACCAGUUCUAUUGUAAAAUCCAGAAUUUAUUUCAAACAUUACCAAGUUCAGUGUGACUUAAGUACUAACUUUGUACAAAAAAGAUGUAGAAUAUUUGAUGACACUAAACAGUUCCACGUAGAAUCCCAGUUUUAUAAUUCUCUAAAAAACACACUUUAAAUUUUAUAUUUUCAUGAAACAAGAGAAUUUAUUGUUUCCAUGAACACAUCCGUAAUUGUAACACUAAAACUAGAGUUUCCUGCUUAUCUUGAAGGAAUACAACCAAGGCCAUAGCCAGUGGCAAAGGGGCAGCUGUCCCCCUUCCAAAGUGAAAAAAAUCUAAUAAAGGAGCAAGAAACUGUAGUAAGAAAAAAUUUGUAUCUAAUCCUUACAAAACAUUGUUCAAAAAAAUUUGUGUUUAAUAAUUAUGUUUUUUUUUUUUUUUUUUUUCAUCAUGGAAGAGGCUGAGUUACAUUAAAUAAAUGCUCCCCACCCCUUGUGUUUUGAGCUUGAUUACGCCCUUGAAGACAACCUUGCAUUUAUCAAAUCUGGACAGACGUAAGCUAUAUGUAACAUUUGCCACAAUAGGGGCGUAAUUUUGUUUGGAAACGUAUCAUUUUCCCAAAAAGGAAAGCAAUAUGGUGUCUUGGCUGGUCAGUGAUUUGGUUUAUUUUCAGCUGUAAAAAAUACCACUUUGUAAGGAGGAACAUUACUUACCACAGAAUUACUAGGGAGAGAAACGUUCGUCACUUCUUUAGCAAAAACCAGGGCACUGUGAACCAACUCCCCACCACCAAUCCACAAUUUGGGAUCAACUAAGCAACACUUAAAUAAUUUAUCAAGCAACUAUGUGUACAAUAAAAACAAGACAUUAGCCAAAUUAGUAAUAAAAGUAACUUUGUAAACAUAAACGGAUACCGACAAAUAAUUUUACAAGUACAAAUAUAAAUUAGUUUAGCCAUUUUGGUAUAUCAGAUUAAACUUCUAGAUACCUUUCUGACAAUAGCCAUUAGUUGAAGGCCAAGCUUUAAUAGCGAUUAUAUACCUGCCUUAAGUUAAGACCACUAAAAUUAACAGUUUUUUUUUUUCAAACAGCUCUUUUAAAUGACUUACCUUCGUAGGAAAAGUUCGAACCUUAGUAACAUGAGCCAUUUAAACAAAUUAUUGUUACAAUCUCACCUACAUUAAAAAUCCAUAGAGCUAAUGUAUACACAUACCUAAUUUUUGAGUGAAUGAGAUUCAAGUAAAAUAGUUCCCAUGGACAUGUUUAAUUUCAAGUGUAUCAAAUAUUCUGCACAUGAUGUUCCUCAGUAGUUGGUCACAACACUACUAGACUGUUGAUAGUGCCAGUCAUUCUUACCAACACAAGUUUCAGUGUGUUGCAUGAAACUGACAUAAUGCUGUACCUGCAGAUCACUGAAUGGAAAACAUUUUAACAUUUGGAUGUGUUCCAUGUUGUGUCUCUCACUAAAUGUUUUUUACACUUCAAUUCUGUUGUUACAUGUUACUCAUGUUGUGUGUGUGGUAAGUUGGUUAUGCAAUCUAAGUGCCGUGAACAAGUUUCCCACAAUAACCAAGGACAGCCCACACUAUGGUAUUGUGGGUCGAUUUGGAAAACUGUUAAAAUGUGGCAGGCAAAGUCUUUACCUCGUAUGUUCUUAAGUUCAUUUACCCCAGUUUUCUGUUAUGCUACUUAAGUUUACAUUGUUUACAACUCACAUGCCACUGGUAAGGGGCAGGGGGUUAUAGCCCCUCCCCAGCUCGAAUUCAUUUUAUAUUUAUUUUGGAGUGUACAUUUAUGCUAACAUAAGUACUUAAAAUCAUGUGUUGAAACUUUUCUUUCAUCAAAUAUUGUAUGAAAGUAAUAAUGUUAAGUAUCUGUGACCAUGAAUUUUCAAGGUCAAUGUCAGACUUCUUUAAUUACAUGUGUUGCAACUGCAGCCUUUCUUUGUACGAUAGCCCCCCCCCCCCCCAACCCCCCCCCCCCCCCCCCGAGAAGCGUUCCUGGAUCCACCCCUGGCCACCUAUUCUUCACAACUCGCAACUAUAAAAACAUUAACCACUACCAGGCUGAACAAAUUACAGUCAAAACUCAAGACUACCUGAAACCCCCCUUCUUUCCUUCCCCUCCCCCCCCCCCCCAGGUCCCUGCCUUUCACAGGACAGCCGACACACUACUGGUCUCCGAACCACAUCUCGGCAAAACAGAUGAGCACAACUAUGAGCCGCAGGCACAUAGCUUACUAUUCCGCCCGAGAAAACAAUAGCAAGAUUUAAAAAUGUAGACCUAAACAUGUGAAUUGGAAACUUUACACAUCUUUACCCAAUAUAAAAAAUGAUGCAAAAAAAUUUCUAAAAAUUAACAUGGCAUAUUCAGAAUUUCAACACCAAUCCUCCUGUUGAAAAAAUAAAUAACUAAAUAAAAAUACCAGCAUCACCAUGCUGCUCUCGUAGAUAAGUGUUGCUGUAUAUCGGAGGACACAAACUAGCAACCUGCCUGUUCCGGCCAACUUUUUCUACACAUCAUAAACUGUAUGUCAUAGGGCCAAAGUUAUUUUAUUUUAACUUCAGUAAUGAUUUUUUUAAUGUUGAUAAAGUUAAAUGUUUAAUUUGCCAAUUUAUAUUUUCCUUUAUUUUCAUUAAUUUUUAUUCCCAGUGGAACACGUUAACUAUAAAUUACUCUGCACUGACAAAUCAUUUGUAACUAGGUGUGUUUAUCAUGUAAAUAAAACCUAACUGGAUAGCACAAUGUACACAGAAACUUAAACGGAGACACUCACGACAAACUCUAGGGUAGUGUACAUGUAAACCAAUGAAGAUAAAAAUUACAUUUCCAACUUUUCCAUGUUGCCUCAUUUCUCUUCACCACGAAUAGUGCUCAGGAUGAAAUCCUAAAUUGAAAUAGAAAUGUGAGAUUAAUGUGUUCUUUCCAUUUGUGUAAGAAUAAGAUAAAAAAUAUUUUCAUAUUUAUCUUUAAAGAAAACUUUCUUUAUUAUG